AUGGGUUCUAUAAAGGGCUUGAGCGAAGAUCCCAAAGACAAGAAACAACAGCGCCGAACAGACCCGCAAAACAACUUCAAUUCCGAACAGACCAGUCGUACCGAAAACGCCUUCGAUCACAGCCAAAUGGCAUCCAAGCUCACGCUCCUCGCCACCGCGACUCUCGCUCUGCUGACCGGCGCCCAAGCAAGCGGCUCUGUCGUCCAAGGAUACCGCGGCACCCUCUGCAAUGGCGAGCUAGAAUGGCAGGUGGUGGGAGCCUCCGGGCAGUGCAUCAAUCUGGGUAUGCGGACUGAAGAGGCUGUGUCGAUCUUAGCGGCGGCGUCUUCGGGUCAUCGCAUCGGUCUGUACUCGGAUGACGACUGUGCUUCUCCUUCGAAUGUGUUUGAGAUUCCGCCGGAUGAGACGGGGUGUUACAAUGGCGAGACGGCUGUUCGAUCUGUCUAUUUUUCGUCGGUGUGA